UUUUUUUUGUAGAGUUUAACAUUAUUCAUUUCAUUUAGUAAUUUUAAGAGAACUAAUAAUGACAGAUCCUUCAAAAUGGCAACAGCUUGUUAGAAAUAAUCAAACAUCUUAUUCACAACAAUAUAAUAUACCUCAACUUCAAACAUCGUCUAUUACUUUAAGACCUUUACAACCAAAUCCAUACCCAUCUUUGGGUUAUCCGAUUUAUCCACAUUCUAAUAGUAGAAAUAACCAGCAAUCCGAAGAAAUAACAACAACAUCUGAACAAGAUAAAAAACAAGAUAGUAAUCGUCGAACUCGCAUUAGUCGAGCAUGUGAUGCAUGUAGACGUAAAAAAAUAAAAUGUGACACGAGUGGUCCAGGAAACACAUGCAGAAGUUGUAAGUCAUCAAAAUUAGAGUGCACUUUUAAUGAUAGUGCAAAAAAGCGUGGUCCUCCAAAAGGUUAUAUUGAAGUGUUAGAAAAUCGAUUGAAAAGAAUGGAAGAAAUGCUUGGAACUUUAGUUAGUAAUACAAAUGAUGAUGAUACAACUAUUGCAAAAAGGAGAAAGCUAUCUGUACCAAUGGAAAAUAACGAUGGUUUUAAUCCAUCUACUAUCGUUGCAUUUAGUAAUGCAGAAUCAUCGUCACAGCAGUCUUUAUCGUCCGGCACCAUGGCCGAAAAAAAAGAAAAAUGUCCUACUGUGGAUUCUGGACCAUUAGCAGUUGAAUUAUCUUCAAUAAGUACUAAAAUGACUACACGCUAUAUUGGUGAUAUGAGUCCAUAUCCUCUCUUAGCUCAGAUGAUCAAUUUUGAAGAUGCUCGAGUCGCUUCUAAGAUUGGUAUAAAAAUAAGAAGAUUUGGUCAAAGCUUAGUUUUAUAUGAAAAGGAUGAUAAUUCGGGGAAAAAUGGAAAUCAAAAAUUAUUAGAAUCAUUAGGGAUGUUGAAACCAGGUGAAACGAUAAAAAGUUUGAAUGACUGGAUAUAUAAGGUUGCCGGUAUAGAUAAAAUAACAAGUGACUCUUUGAUGAAGAUAUAUUUUGCUUAUAUUCAUCCAGGAUUACCAAUAAUAAACAAAAAAUUGUUUUUAAAACAAUAUCGUGGCCAAAUUGGUGAAUAUCCUUCAGCACCACUUCUAAAUGCCAUAUACGGCGCUGCUGUACGAUACAUUGAAACAUGUAAAUUAUUUGGUGAUCAAGUACCUCUAGAUCAGCAUGUAGAGAUAAAGGAAGGAUGGUCUGAAAAAUUAUUUGAAAAUUUAAUUUUUUAUGUUAGAGGUAGAUAUAAUCCCUGUAUAUCUACUAUUCAAGCUAUUGUCAUUUCCCAAAAUCAUAGAGCAAGCUUUGAUGAAAAGAUAACAAGUAGUUGGUUGUUAAAUUCUGCUGCAAUUCGAAUGGCACAGGACUUGGGUCUUCAUAGAUCAAGUGAAAGUUGGGAUAUUCCAGUAUCUGAAAAGGAGACAAGAAGAAGAGUAUGGUGGUCUGUUUAUAUUAUGGAUAAAUGGUCAUCAGCAGCUACAGGUAGACCACAAACGAUUUUUGAUGAAGAUUGCGAUGAAAUCUAUCCAAAUGAAAGUGCUGAUUGGGAAGAGGUAAUGGAUAUAGCCUUAGAAGAGAAUGCAGAUGUCGAUGAGCCAAGAUAUCCUUCCUUGGAUAACAAUGUGGCACAGAAGGCUAAAAGUGGCAAAAUACCCAUUUACCAACCUUUUGUACAACUUGCAAAAUUAUCAAAAAUUCUUGGUAAACUCUUACAAGGUUUAUAUACUCCUGUGGCUAAAAAAUAUAGCGAAAAGCAUGGUAGUGAUGCUAUUGUUACAUAUUUAGACAACGCCCUUUCGGAAUGGCGUUCUGCCUUACCACCUGCUUUACAAAUAUCCAAUAUUAAUGUUCGUCGACUCGAUAGUCGUGGCCAUAUACCAUUACUUUCUAUGUCAGGUUUAAUGUAUUUAUCUUAUUGUACUCUGUUAAUAUUACUUCAUAGACCAUUUAUUGAAAAGAAUGGCGAAAAGACACGUUCAUCUCAAUCUUCCCUUAGCAUUUGUACAAGUGCAGCUACACGAUGUGUUGAUAUAGCUGAAAAGAUGCAUUAUCGUGAUUUCCUGCUUGUAUCCUGGAAUUUUGCUAUUUAUCCAGUUUUUACCGCAUCAUUAAUUCAUAUUUACAACGCUGCUAAUCCAGAUGAUAUUAUAUCAGAUGUUGCUAAAUCAAAUUUAUUUAGAGCAUGUAAUGUAAUUAAACGACUUUCAAAAUUAUCAAUAGGUGCAGCUAAACUUUAUGAUGUAUUAACUCAACUUACAAAGAUUCACGAUAUUAGUAUGGAUAAUCGAUUACAGCAUCAAUCAGAGAAUGAUGAAGAUAAUAGAUCAAAGCAGCAACAAAAGCUUCUAUAUACAUCGUAUAAGCAUAAACCUUCUACUAUUCAUAUCCGUUCCUCUAAAUCAAAAUCAUUUGAAGAUAAUGAAGUAAACAGUCAACAUUAUGUUCAACAAAACGUCUCUUCUUCAGACUCGCAUUCACCUUCUACUGCUAUCUCAGAUCCUGAAAUAGUAAUAAGUGCUAAUUCUACUCCUACUUCUACAGGUAAUGGUGACUGGAUUAAUGGACUGUAUUCUUGCCUCCAGAAUGAGAAUACAAACCAGCAAGCCAACAGUACUAGUUCGAAUCAAUGCCAGCAAUUUUCACAAAAUGAUUUAUAUCCUUCUAUCAAACAACAGUCAAUUCAACAGCAACCCUUGCAAAAUGUAUCCCAAGAAUCUGAGCCUUAUACUUUAAGGCAAUUUGGUUUAAAUAUAAAUCCAGUAUAUACUGCCCCAAUAAAUCAUAAUCAACAAAUGGAUAUCCAAACUUCAUAUAAUACGAAUACUAGUUUUCAGCAACAACAGCCUUUUAUGCUUCCAAUAAAUCCUAUUAAUAGUCUCUUAUUUGGUCUUACAGAUAUUAAUUUUACUGAAUCACCCAUUAAUAACAUAUGUCAGCAACAAACUACUGCUACCCCAUCUCCUUACAAUGCUGCUGCUACUGCUGCUACUGCUACUACUGCUACUACUACUACUACUACUACUACUACUACUACUAAUAAUAAUAAUAAUAAUAAUAAUAAUACUUCUCAUGAUAAUAGUUCUAAUAAUUUUCAUUUAUCGUCAACAAAUGUGGGAGAUCAAACUAUGUUUAGAAAUCGUCCAGAUAAUCCAUUUUGGUCAGUACCAAGUAGCAUAGAAUUAGAUGAUUGGGCAGCUUAUUUAUUUCCUCAACAAAUUCCUUAUUUUACCAACAUGGCUAAUUCAAUAGUAUCAAUUCAACAAGAAACAACGACAUCAAUACCAGCACCAAAACCAUCAUGGACUUCAAACAACCAAGGUUGGAUGUAGAUAUAUACAUGUAUACAUGUUAUACCUUUUAUAUAUAAGUGUAUGUACAAAACGUAAAUAUAAAAGAAUAGUUUCUUUAUUCCUAUAAUUUUGUAUAAAGUAAAUGUAUAAAUGAGCAUGAUUCUAAACACACCCAAGAGAAUAGGUAUAAGUCUAAAAUGUAUUAUAAAUAUUUGUAUAUAAAUACAUAUAUAUAUAUAUAUAUAUAUAUAAAAGACAAUAUAAUAUUAUAUAUGUUGCGACUAUUUUU